GACAUUGGAGGUGGCAUCAAGCUGUCCACUCUCCAAGGUAAUAUAAAGCCGUUGCGUCGACUUCACCUGGUUCAACUUACUUGGAACAUCGAACAAGUUGCUCUGUCCAACGAGAUUGGGGACGUCCGCCACAGCCACACCACUUUCUACCAUCAUGGUGGUGUGGCUAGUGUUGAUAGCAACAUCAUCUAUCCUGGCGGAGGCGGCUAUACCGGAUCCACCAAAUUCCAAAGCCUCGGCUGUCAACCCGUUGAAACUGUCAACUGCGGUGGAUUGCACCGGAGUUAUUGCUUUUUCGGCGACCCAUGCUUCUGUCGAUCAUGCCAAAGCUGUGUUCGCCGAGACACUGGUCGACAAAGGCGUGGGUUACGUACCCCAAACAGGAAUUUUCAUCACCAACUGUCCAGGCCUGUAUCAAUUCAGCUUUGCCGGAUAUGGAAGCACCGAUCUACGAUUAACUUUGAAAAAGAAACAAAACAAUUCUGACAGCUGGAGACCUGUGGUUGGCACUGGUGCAGGAGGUGGUGCUAAUUUGAUCUUGCUGGAAGUCGAUCUUGGAGAUCAGCUAGCCGUCUUCGUCGAUAGUGGAAAAAUAUCAGACGGCGUCACAUUCUCUGGAUACAGAAUUGCUAAAAUAUGAUCUAUCAAUUCGUAUAAUUGAACCACCGAGAUGACAACGAUCGCUUUUUUUUAAUAACAAAUAUCAAAAAUGAUUUAAAGUAUUUAACUCGUGCGAAUCUAAAUUGGACUUAAUUUCGAAUCGAUAAUGUGAAACUGUUUUUUUUUUUCUUUUCUUGAAAUAAUUUCUUCAGCAGUUAA